AUGCUCUUCUAUGACAAGUACUUUCCGCAGUGCUUCCAGGACCGAAAAGUUUCAAAAUUUCAGGAACUCAAGCAAGGCAACAUGUCUGUGGCUAAGUACGAGGCCAAAUUCACUGAACUAGCUCAAUUUGCGUCUCAUGUAGUAGACAAGGACUACAAGAAGGCUCGAAAAUUUGAGGGUGGAUUGGAUUUAGAUAUAUUAGAUCGGGUAGGAGUCCUCAACCUACCUACGUAUGUGAAUGUGCUUGAUAGGGUAUUGAUGGCGGAAGCUAUUUUGGUAGCAAAGAAACAAGCUUUUUCCCAACAACUGAUUGGAAAGGGAAAAGAUCAAGAAACAUGUGGCAAGACAGGCCACAUGAUAAGAGAUUGUCCAAUCGGAUCAGAAAAUGCCAACCGUCCUAUAGCAAGUUCAGCAGGAUCUGCUUCUAGAUCAAGAACAAAUGCUAGAACUAAUACGGGAAAAGAACCGUUGAGACGGGGUAGAGUUUUUUCACUUGUGCCUGGCGAUGUACAGAAUACCGAAUUCGUGGUGUCAGUUUCUCCACCGUACUUGAUUUCAUUUAUAAAAGCUAGAAAAUUGUCAAGAAAAGGGUAUCAAGGCUAUUUGUGUUAUGUGAUGACUGAGCCUUCAGUUAAUGCUAGGGUGGAAACAAUUCCUGUAGUCUGUGAAUUUCCUGAUGUAUUUCCUAAUGACUUACCUAGGGAGUUAAUUAAUAGAGAAAUCGAGUUUACUAUUGAAGUUAUACCUGGAACACAACUGAUUUCUAAAACCCCAUACAUAAUGUCUACUACUGAACUGAAAGAAUUGAAAGUCCAACUCCAAGAACUUUUGGACAAGAAAUUCAUCUGUCUGAGCACGUCACCUUGGGGUGCUCCAGUUCUGUUUGUGAAAAAAAAGGAUGGUCUUUGA